GACGACGGGUUUUUUCGUUUACGUGUAAAAGUGGUGAAAAUGGCGGAAAAUCGCAAAUCCAAGAAGAGAAAGUUGCAGGAAUUACUGCAAGAAUUGUUGGAGGAAUCAAGCGACUCGGAUGUUUCGAUUGGGUCUCAAAGUGACGAUGAAGACGCCGAAAUGACCUGUCCCCUUGCCACUCUUUCAAAAGCGGGUCAGGUGCAGCCACCUAACGGUUUAUGGGCUUUACUGGAAAAGAAAACUCCGGAAAAUUUAGGACCAGAGGUACAUUCCGAUAUUUCGGAAUUACUCUCAGUUUUUCUUUCAAAGGGUCUGGAUGCAGAAGGACGUAAGAUUACUCUAGAACAAUAUCCAAUUUUAAAAGGAUGUGAGGCUCUGAAACCACCAGAGAUAAAUCCGGAAAUCAAAUCUUGUGUUACAUCUGCAAUAUUAAGACAGGAUAUGUUCUUAUCAAAGCUUCAGAGCCAAUUAGCAGCAGCUAUAAGUGCACUAGCUGUUCCAUUAAAUAUUACUUAUGAAAAGCUUAAAAAAUCAGAAACGCCAUCUUCUUCCCACGAGGAGUUGGAGAAGUUAGGAGAUCCAAUGAAACUUGUGGCCGAUGCUUUUCAUUCUUUAUCAAAACAUAGACGUUACUUAAUGGUUCCAUGUUUGGACGACGCCGUCAAAGAUGUUUUGGAAACUUGCUCUAUAGAUUCUUUCCUUUUUGGACAGAAUUUCACUGAAAAACUAAAGUGCUCUUCUGAAGCAAAGAAACUUGGCGCGUCUAUAAAAAAGAAGCCUAAGAUUAUUCGUACAGGAACUACAGUUCCCACUUCAUCUCGUCGCCCUUUAUCAUCGAAACAGGCUGCUGGAUCUUCAAGAAGAAAUUCACAGUUUUUUCAGUACCGCCAACGUUCGGUGAAACCUCGUUACAGAAAGGAGGAGGAGGGGAGGCACAACCCACGGAAACGGCAAUACCAACAUUAG